AUGGAGAAGGAGAAGGGCGGAGGCAUCGGUGAGCCUCCUUGUGUGUCGCCGGGGAAGAUGACUAGCACGGCGGCGCUGAGAGCGCCAUCCGUCCAUCUGGUGGGACGUCUGCUGCAAGGGGAGGAAACGAAGGAGUUAAGGGCGAACGACGAGGAGAAGAGACCGGAAUUGAGCAGGGCUCGUCGCCGCCAGGUGGGUUGCUCGCUAUCGGUGGAAGAGCCGCCGACUGAGUCGUCCAGGAAGGGAUUGAAGAUGGAUCUGCCGGCGAUUGGGCAAGAGGAAGGCGGCGACCCUCUUGUCGAUAACCCUAAGUUCUUGCCCCCCUCCCCCCAACAGUCAUUUGUUUCGGGCCGAAGUGCUUGGGCCGCCGAACUGGAGAUGGUAGAUGGGGAGGGCCGGGCCGAAGCCAUCAAUCUUGGCCACAGGCUGGAUUUGGUGGAGAAGCUCGGCAGGUUUACUGUGGGCUGA